AGAAGUCGCGGUAUGUUGAUCCGCCAAGCGCGUUUUUUUGAUCACUGGGUGAUGUGAUCACGAUUUGUGAAGCGUGUCGAGUUCGGAACGCGCGGAGUGAGAUAUGAAUCAGCACUUGAUUCGCAGUUCGAUCGUUCUGGGGAUUUUGAUGGCUUGCGCACUUGCAGCGGGGGAGAACGCCGACUGUGAGCAAGUUCUUCAGGCCCAGAAGCAAGGGUACAUCUCCGCAGAUGACUUCGAAAAGAAUCCUCUCUGUCGUCGAGUGUUCAUUUCUCGUGGGGACGAAAAGUUGAGCUUCAGCUUCAUUCGAGUUGAAAUGGCCGAGAAGGAAAAACUGGUGCUUGAAUUCAACGGGGAACGUCACGAACUCGGACCCGAUACUUCUUGCGAACUGUGCCUUCCGAAAGUUGUGACAAGUAAGCUGAGCAUUGCACUGGUCCCGGUUCGACGCCUGAAUGCAUCAACUGCGAAUCCACCAUCGAGUCAAGCUGUUCGCGAGAAGUCCCUCGACGAGGUGAUGCGAAGUCCGAAUCUCACCAUCGACAUCCACGAUGUGAUGAUCAACGACGUCAACUUUGCGUUUGAACGAGUCGAGUCCAAGUUUACGAUUCUGUAUCAAACUUUUGAUCCGUACGCGUGUCCUGCCCCGUCGUUGCUCUCGUUACCGAAUGGCUACGUCAAGGGGAAGGAUAGUAAAAUCGGCGCCGAGAUCGAGUUCAAGUGCAAAGUGCCGUUUGAUCCUGUCGGUGCGACCAAAGCUCGAUGCAUCGUAUCCGAAGGAAUUCCGCAAUGGUCUGCAGAACAGCCCAAGUGCCUCAUCAAAUGCGACCCCGGAAAAUUCUUGGUCCGGAAAGUGACCAGGAUUCGACCCCCGGGGGCAUUGCCGGCUCUAUCAAAUCCAGGCUACGAGGUCAAUAGCGUUUCCGGCGGUUCGGAAGUUUGCAAAUGGGAACUUCGCGCUCCCGAAGGCAGCUUUGUGCAACUGCGCAUUCAUUACGUUGACUUGCCGAAUCUCGGAGACGACCUGAGCUUCCUUUCCGUCAAGUCUGAAAGCACCAAGGACCCGAUUUUGCUGACUGGGGUCGUGCCGCCGAGGAAUCUCACAGUGCCGGCGGCGAGGGUUUGGGUCGAGUAUUACGGCCCGAGGGAAACGUUCUCGUCCCGACUGGGGUUUUACGUGACCUAUUCUGCCCGUCCAUCCUUCUCGUGUUCCUUGCCGAAAGUGAACGGCAUGAUUUACGUGGAGGAUCAGGGCUCGGAUGCGGAUGUCGUGGCUACUGUGAGCUGCGCCCCGAGGUUUUCUCUACCUCCGGAAGCCACUGGUGCCGUGGCGUGUUAUGAGAAUGGAACUUGGGAAUCGGAGUUUCCCGAAUGUCUACUCAAUGAAGUCGCUGAAGGGGAAGCUGAAGACGGAGUAGUUGGUCAAGUGGUGGCAGAUGGAAGCGGAUUGUGGAAUGGCACUUCGGACUUUCAACCCGGAGACAACUACCCAUCUUUUCUGGACGAUUUUGAGGAGAACGAAACAUCCGUUGGGAACCACGUGAAUUCGUCGACGCAGAAUACGAACGCAACGGACAUCGUGAACGUGUUCGAGGUCGUGAUCGUAGAUAAGGACUCCGAAGACUCUUCCUCGUCGAAUCCGUUCCUCGUCGGCGGCGUGGACUUUCGUAACACGCGAGUCCUCGGCUUGCCGUUGUGGCUCGUUGUCGUCGUUGCUGCCGGGGCAGGGAUCCUCGUGAUCCUCGUUUGCGUGUCCGUGAUCGUCGUUGUGUUCGUGUCGCGGCGGAGGUAUCCCGGGGUCGGGUCUGGUGGCCCGUUGGGGCUCGGCCGCAAGUUUGACACGUUCGAGAACCCGAUUUACUCGCGGGUCAAUCUCCGCCCGCCGCCGACCCUGUCGUCCUACGGCAACGGAUUGUCGCCGGAUGACUCCAAGGCCUCGCCAGUUUUAACCAAAUCGCCAAAGGUAAACGGACUCUUUAGUGAGGUCUUCACUGCUGAUCGUGGACCCGUUUUUGACGUGACGCAGUGCCGUAUUUAUUUGAGUACCACGCGCCCUCAUGUGCACGACAUGGUGCGUGAUACAGCGGUCACGGAGAAACUGACCGGAACCAGUGAUGACGACAGCGGCGACGACGACACAAAAGACAAUGCAUGUAAAUGCCACUAGUGCGACUAUAGAGGCGACCAUUUGUUUUGUUUUUGUUUCCGAUUUGUACGGCAACCUCCGAUCGUUCAGUCCGAGCGUGUUUGAGCUUGGUCGGUGCUGUGUGGGCGACAUUUUGAAAGUUGAGCGUUUUAUUGAGGCAUUCGUCGGUUCGACAGAACUGAGCUUCCGCUGGGUCGUUUCAUUUUUUUUUUAAACUUUAUUUCAUUGAAUACUGCAGUGCUGUUCUGGGCAGACGCAUUAUGUCCUUCGAAAUCGGCUGCUUCUUUGUGGCAACCCCACCUGGAACCUGCAGUGAGAGAGAGAGAGAUGUCGGUACUGGGUAUUCAUGGACAGACUCGGAAAAAUUCGGUACAAGUCGCGGUCUUGCAAAAAAUUCUUGGGAUACUCAAUACGUCACGAGAUUCAAGUUCUGAAAUGGAAUGAGUACUGGGUUAAAUGUGAUACUGUACUCAUACCCCGUAUUUACCUGAGUUAAAUGUGCAAUUCUUCAAAAACCUCUGUAAAUAAGAAUAGAAACCCGAGAUUAAUUAUAGAUGAAUUGAAUUGCCUUCAAUUUGGUAUAUUAAUAUCAACAAUUGAGCAUUGAACAAGUUGCCAAAGGUUCUGAUGAACUCGUAUCUUUCUGUGGUGAAUAUCUUUUUUUUCUAAUUUUUUUUUUAAAAUAUGUGCACAAGAAUGCAUUCGAACUUGAUACACCAGAGAAAAGUGCACCUUUUUCCCUUGAUUCGUGCUGAUGCAUUGAUUUUUAGAAAUCGCAUUCUCACAGUCAAGUCAAGUCGAAGAUUUGAAUAUUAAAUUUAGAGAAACCAUGAAUUUCGUGCGAGAUCAUGACUUGGUUCCGAAUUCUUCAGUCCGUCGUGGAUGAUUUCCUCUUUUUCGAAUGAUCUGAGAAGGCGUUUCCAGCUCUGUCUCCUUCCUUUUUUGUUGAUCUCGUUAUCUGUCUGUCCAAUGCGCGUAUUCAGUGAUGAAGUGACCCAGUUGAGUUUUUUUUAGAGAAAUUCGUGAGUAGAGCUUGCUUUUACGUUGGAGUGAUCAUAUUCGAGUGUUGCUGGCGAGGGGGUUUUUUGACGGACGGUAUUCACGUUGAAUACUUGAGAGAGACAUUCCUUCAGAAUUCUCUACAUUAUUUGAUUGCAAAAAUCCGAACUCUCUUUAUGUCUUGCGUGUGAGUGAGAGAGAGAGAGUUAGAGAUGAAGCCGUGUUACGUGGCAGACACGGAAGGAAAAGAAUAAUCUCCCUAGAUGCAUGAUUGGAUCUGAGAACCGGUUAGCAGACGAAUUGAUGAAUUGUUCUAGUCAAGAUCGCCUUACUGAAGACCGGAAAAUCCCGACCAAGUAUUUCUCGAAAUUUUUCUCCCUCCUGGAUCCCACUUGGGGCUUGACUGUGGAGUGUCUUUUUUGUUGUUUUCCUCCCCUUCGAGGCUGUGUCCCUGGAAUCUUGUGUGCGAAACAGGAAGAAAAAGACGGAACGGUUUGCGACUCAUUUUUGUUGGGUGAUCUUAUACUGACUGAGUCAACUUGCUCACUUGACUUGCGGAGGCUCCAUCCUUCUUAAUCAAAUGCGCGGAUUUCAAUGUCUCAAUCGAGAGAUUCGAUUAACCUCGAGCUUGUUUAUUCUAUCUUGAUGGUGUUUAGUGCUGAGCGAUUCCCGCUGAUGGUCCUCAAGCGAACGCAUUUUGGGGCAUUACUUGCUCAAACACGCGCUCCAGGUUUAUCGCGUCUUUGUUUGAACUUGUUUACUUUGCUACUUGGGUUUUUGUGUCUGGUUUCAGGAAUUCAUGAAUAAAAUGGAAAUGCGAUGCUGUCAA